CGCUCAAAUCACAGCGGACCGUUAGGGAAUACCGGGAGGCACGCAGAGAACGGCUAAAGACGGAAUUCUACCGAAUCAAAGGUAAACCGGGACUGACCGGGCGAGAGGGUCGGCUUCCGCCCCACAUUAAGAGUCCAUCCGUCCUUUCAGGUGAAUGACGGUAAAGGUGAGCGACCAGAACGAGCGGAGAUGAAGCUGAAAAACCGGAGUCCCCUGAACGCCACGGAAGAGGGCUAAUCAGCUUAAGACUGACUGAGGAUCACUCCUAAAGACUCCUCUGCUCACAGAUGUGGCACCACGCCACCCGUGGCUCUCUGCAGGUGACGUCUGGUUAUUACCUCAGUCGCCCCUGACUGCAGCUGAUCCGCCAGGAGCCUCCUGCAUGCGCAGGAACGAGGAGAGCUCCAGACGACAAGGACGAGGAGAGGAGGUGCUGCAGCAUGGGGGAGAGCUAUAUGUACCAGCGGCUGCCCUACGCCAGAGCCGAGGGGGAGGGGGAGGACGAAGAGGAGAGAAGCAGGAGAGUCGGCGGACAAAUGAUGCAGAGCGAGGAGGGCACAGAGUGGCUGCUGGAGCUGCUGACCGAUGUGCAGCUGCAGCAGUACUUCCUGCGGAUCCGCGACGACCUCAACGUCACGCGACUCUCCCACUUUGACUACGUCAAGAAUGAAGAUCUGGAGAAGAUCGGCAUGGGGCGCCCCGGUCAGAGGCGACUUUGGGAGGCGGUGAAGAGAAGGAGAGCCCUUUACAAGCGCAAGUCCUGGAUGAGCAAGGUGUUUCCGGUGAAACGAUCGGACACGGACCCCCCGCAGGGCGCCUCGGCAGUCCCAUCUGCAGUCAGCAGCGAGCCCGGAGACUCACUCACCUGCCUCAUCAAGGAGUCGGAGCUGCAGAUGUUCGAGCGACUCGGAGACGGCACCUUCGGAGUGGUGCGGCGGGGAGAGUGGACAGCGCCCAACGGCAGAGUGCUGUCCGUGGCAGUGAAGUGCCUGAAGGCCGGCGUGCUGGACUCGGACGGCUUGGAUGACUUCAUCAGAGAGGUGAACGCCAUGCACUCGCUGAGCCACCAGAACCUCAUCAGUCUCUACGGAGUCGUCCUAACGCAGCCCAUGAAGAUGGUGACCGAGCUGGCGCCUCUGGGCUCCCUGUUGGACCGCCUCAGAAAACGCCAGGGUCAUAUCCUCAUCUCGGUUCUGUGUAACUACGCCGUGCAGGUGGCGAGUGGAAUGGCGUACCUGGAGCAGAGGCGAUUCCUCCACAGAGACCUGGCCGCCCGCAACGUUCUGCUGUCCACCAAUGAGACCGUGAAGAUUGGCGACUUCGGCCUGAUGCGGGCGCUGCCUACACACACGGAUCAGUACAUCAUGGAGGAAGGCCACAAAAUCCCUUUUCCCUGGUGUGCUCCAGAGUCUCUGAAGUCUCGCAGCUUCUCUCACGCGUCUGACACCUGGAUGUUCGGAGUCACCCUGUGGGAGAUGUUCAGUCACGGACAGGAGCCGUGGCUCGGGCUCAACGGCAGCCAGAUCCUCCACAAGGUCGACGUCGAGGCUGAGAGGCUGUGCAAGCCGGACGACUGUCCUCAAGACAUCUACAACGUCAUGCUGCAGUGCUGGAGCCCCAAACCCGAGGACAGGCCCACCUUCGUCGCUCUCAGAGACUUCCUGCUCGAGACGAUGCCUACAGACAUGAGGGCCCUGCAGGACUUCGAGGAGGAAGACAAACUCCAGAUCCAAAUGAACGACGUCAUCACGAUCAUUGAGGGGAGGGCGGAGCAUUACUGGUGGCGCGGGCAGAACAGGCGGACGCUGCGGGUCGGUCAGUUCCCCCGGCACGUCGUGACGGCCGUGGCCGGCCUGUCCGCCCAGGACAUCAGCCGGCCGCUCAAGCACUCCUUCAUCCACACGGGACACGGAGACACGGACCCUCACAGGAGCUGGGGGCACGCAGAUCGCAUAGACAGUCUGUAUUUGGGGAACCCGAUGGACCCUCCGGAUGUCUUGGGCUUUGACUCUGGAACCGCGAGACCAACCAAGCUGCCCAACCGUUCAAAGAAGAAGCCCCCGCCUCGUCCACCAAAGCCUGCUGUUCUGCUCAAAAAGCCGCUGUACGACUCCGUGAUGGACGAUUACGACGACGAGGACGACUUCAGCGCAUCGUCUGGACUCAAGAAGCUGGGAACGUCUCUCGGGCUGAAGCUCCGGCCGUGGGAGGGCGGCGGGGGCGGCGUGCGAUCGGCCAAGAGCGAAGUGUCGCUCAUCGACUUCACAGACGACAGCUUCAGCUCGACCACGCCCUCCCCGCUCACAGAGACGCAUCAGCCGGAUGAAGACACCCUGAAGGACACCCCGUCCAUCCUGGACUGGCCUCUCCCCCAGCCGGCCUACGACGAGGUCACUGCCGACUUUGACGAGCAGUCGGAGGACCAGGAGGUGCGCUCCAUCAAUAAGGGCCCGACCGAGGAAGCCCCGGGCCCGCCGUUGUCCGGCGCGGCGGGACGGAGCGAGUCGCAGUCCGCCGACCUCUUCCAGGAGCUGCAGAGAGAGGUGAUGGUGAAGCUCCAGGUCCCCAUGGCGACAGGCCGCUCCCUCCCGUCCUCCCCCACCCCCAUGCCUCUGGCUCCUUUCGGUGCCCACAGACAGAUCUAUCUGCCCACUCUCUCCCCCUCCUCCUCCUCCUCCAUCACCUGCGGCUUCGAGGACCGGCCGGUGUUGCCGCCCCGCAGCCCCGCCCCCCCGCUGCGUCCAGCUAAGCACAGCCACGCCGCCCGCUCCGCCCAGCAGGGGGCCCGCUCCAGCUCCAUUUCUCUGGGAGACGAGGACAACGCGCCCCCGCAGAUCCCGCCCAGAGACCACGCCUUCUCUCAGCCGGGCUCCCGCUCCUCCUCUCCUCUCCCGCUGGCGCCGGCUCUGACCUCCACGCUCGUGGCGCUGCCCCCGCCUCCUCUCUCGGUCUCGCCACGCCGGUCGGCAGGGCUCCUCGGUCCCCUCCUGUCCUCCAGCUCCCCGUCGUCCUCCUCGUCCCAUCAAGCAGCGCCGCAUGCGUCGAGGCUAGCGGCCUCGUCUUACUCCUCCACCUCCUUCCUGGAGCCCCUCACCUUUCGAGACGGCCGCGGCCUCUCCUCCUCCCUGAUCGACAGUCCUCAGACCGCCGCUCCCGCCCCCCUGCCGGAGAGACCAGCUUUCCUCGAGAGGUACGGGGCGGCCAACAUGGCGGCAGUCAAACCCAUGAUGCAGCAGCGGCAGCCAGGCGGAGCCAAGCCGAACUCCUCCUACAACAACAACAACAACGGCAGGACUGCAGCUCCCAGCAUGCAGCAGGAGCCGGGCGUCGCACAGGUCCAAGGAGCCGUGCAUGGCGUCACCACGGAGGAGUGUAAAGCGGCUCUGCAGAGUCAUAACUGGAGCGUCCCUCAGGCGGUUAAUUAUUUAAAGGUGGAGCAGCUGUUUCGUCUGGGGCUGAGAUCCAGAGCCGAGUGCGAGGAGCUGCUGCGGCGCCACAAGUGGGACCUGGAGCAGGCCAGCACCGUCAUGUUGGACACGUACGGACCGCACCGCAACAGGAAGACGACCUGAGGACCAAUCAGCCGCAGACGAGAUCCCGGUCCGCCGACACCGAGGCUGGAUGAGUCGCUGCUCCUGAAGAUAAACACCGGCGCGUCGCUAUAAGUUUUCACACCCCACACGGUUUCCCACAUUUUUAUCACGUUACAACCACAAAGUCCAACCCUGGUGGACUCCUGGGGAACUUCCUAUUGGUGUCACUGGAUUUGAUCUAUCCAGGUGUGCGGUGCUAGCAGAAAGUAUUCACACCCCUCGUACCAUUCCCACGCGUUAUGUUACAGAUUUAUUCUUCAAUCCAGCCGGAGUCCAUGGGCCCCGUUGACAGCUGCUAAAGCGGAAAAACAAGAUCAAAACUGCAAUGCAGGGUUUCGAACUGCCAGUUACGAACUCCCUGAACCUGAUCACUAAUAAUAUCUUCAAUAAACGUUAUGCAGCCCUCAUUGAAAUGUUUCAGUGUGGUUUAAAGGUAGAAAACAUGUCUUUACUUUGCCAUUAUGUCUUCCUUUUAGAAUAAGUCUGUGACCAAACGAAUGUAGAAAAAGGGAAGGGGUGUGAAUACUUUCUGGUGGCACUGCACAAACACUGCACCAUGGAUCCCCCCACCUUUAAACACGACUGAAAACCAGAUUGGCAAAACCUGGAAGAUCCGUCCGAUCUGGCUGAUCCAAGCGCAGAGCUGGUGGAGGAAUGUCUCGUCUUCCUUCUCAAUCACCCUAAAGCACGUUGAAGUCUGAGGUUGUGCCGUGACAAAAUGUGGCGAAGCUUGCUAGCUACUGUAAAGCCUGUAUAUGCGUCCCAGCUGUACUGUGGUAACCCUCGUCCUCAGCUGACCGAGCAGCUCGCUGGGUGAACAGUGUUUGCGGCGUUUGUGUGCGGCUUAGAACCGGUGGCUGCAGCAGGCUUUAGUUGUGAACGUGUUUGCCGCCUCGUCAUCAGUGACCGCUGCAAAAACAAAACUCAAAAUAGGUCAAAUCCUCUUGAAAUGAGCGCAUUUGUAGCAGGUAAAUAAAAUGGGAACUUGU